UAAUAAUUUGACAUUUUUUUACUCGUGAACAAUGAGUAAUAACAGCAAAAAACGCAAGAAGCCUCAAGUGCAUGGGUGGACCCGCGUCAUGCGCGGUGUAGUCCCGUAGGGCGAGCGGACGCAUUCGGCCGCGGCAGAGGGCGGAGACGCGUCCGUGUGGCGGCAUCGAUCCGCUAGUUCCUCGUGGUCUCGAGUCUCAGUCGCCGACAGUCCGGCGACGAGCAUCAACAUGCAACCACCGCCGCGGAAGUGCAAAACCAGGAAGUCGUUAGAUAGCAACUAUACCAAAUUCCUUAAAAACUUGCACACCGAACAGAUCGCAAAGCUUCAUGCUAAAAACCAGCAUGAAUGCGAUCUGCUCGAGGACCUGCGAACCUACACUAUCAAGCGUUCUGCCAUCGAGAAAUCCUACUCUGAGGCUUUGCUGAAGAUAUCUUCAGCUUACCUCAACAAGAAGAUACCCAACAUCCCUGACAUCAAGGUUGAUGGAGCCGAGGAGAAAUGGAACAUGUGGAAUGUCUGGCGUACGGUCUUGGAGGAGAAUGAGAAGUUGGCUCGCGCUCGUCUGGCUGCUGUCGAGGUCUUCCAGCAGCAGAUUGCUGACGAAGCCAAAUUCCUUCGCCAACAUAAGCUGAACGUGGCCAAAAAGUGCACCGACACCCUCGCUCAAGCCCACAAGGAACUGCAGACCACUGUUAUCGACGUGGAUAAAACGAAGAAGCUGUACUUCGAUGAAGAGCACACCGCUCAUGAUGUCCGUGAUAAAGCUAAGGACAUCGAGGAAAAGCUCAAGAAGAAGAAAGGCUCUUUCUUUCAAUCCAUAACGUCGCUGCAGAAGAACAGCGCCAAGGUAUCUUCUCGUCGUGACCAACUCGAGGAAAAGUCUACUGGAGCCAGGAACGACUAUCUGCUCAGCAUCGCUGCUGCUAACGCCCACCAGAACCGCUAUUUCCUGGUAGAGCUGCAGAACUGCAUGCUGAGCAUGGAGGCUGCCGUUUAUGAGAAGGUCUCUGAGUUCCUGACCUUCAUGGGCCGCACGGAGCUACUCACCUGCUCUGCUACACAGCACUCCUUCGGGAAGAUCCGUGACCAAGCGCAGCAAUUGACCCGGGACUACAACCUGCAAUGCUUGUACUUGUACUACCCUGUGCUAAAGCAGCACAUUCAGUAUGAGUUCGAGCCUUGCGACAAUGACCCGAUUGAUAGCGUGACCAUCGAGCACGAGUCGGUAGCCCAAACAUUGGGUCAAGAAGCCCGCCGCUGGGCUACUCGUGUGCUGCGCGAGACUUCCCUGGUUCGUGACGCUACCCGCAAGAUGAACGUCUACCAAGCGAUGCGUGAUGCGGGACAAAAGGUGGAUCCGAAUGAUCCCAAUGGUCCUGAAUUGGAUGUUCGCUUGGAUGAAUUGCGGGCUACAAUCCGUCGGUCGGAAAUUUCCAAGGCCAAGUAUGAGUCCCGCCUCGAGUGUCUGCGUGUGAGUGGUGCUCCUGUAGACGACUGGCUGAAGGAAGUGGAUCUGUUGGCUGUCCAGGAGCCAUUGCAGCGCAGUAGCAGCCUGCUCAGCGUUCGCACUGAUGCUUCUGGUGCAGCUGAUCAGCCGAGCUCUGAUUCGUUCUACGAUAGCGACAAUACUGAGGGAGAAGGCACUUCAGCCUCGGCUUCGGCUUCGGCUUCUGCCGCCGUUGCUUCAAGCAGCCAUCAGCGCACCACCUCUGGCUCCCAGAACGAUGACGAGCAUGAUGAAGACGUUGACGCUAUGCUGGAGGAGGAUCGCAUGCGCAUCGAGCAACUGGCAGUUGGUUGGGAUGAUCCGACCCAAGUGAACUGGGACGAGGGUGAACCAGCCGCCGAGACCGUUGAAGCUCCUGCAGCUCCUUUGUACAAAUGCACCGCUUUGUAUUCCUAUACGGCUCAAAACCCUGAUGAGCUGUCGAUCAUUGAGAGCGAGCAAUUGGAAGUCGUUGGCGAAGGAGACGGCGAUGGAUGGCUUCGUGCCAGGAACUACCGCGGCGAGGAAGGCUAUGUGCCCCACAACUAUCUGGAUGUCGACCGCGAACAGCCCUGCACCAGCUCGGGUGCACCGGGUCUGGUUUCCCAGAUAUCAUUCUCUUCGGUUGAUUACACCGUCGAAGGUGAAGAUGCUGAUGUGGUACAGUCUCCUGACCAGAUCUCAGUGAUCUCGGCCCCCGCAGCCAAAGCCGAAGAGCCUAAAGCCGAGGAACAAGCUCAACAAGAGUCCUUCGUGGCUGAGUGGCCGACUGCCGAGACCUCUAAGGCAUCUGCUCCUGCGUCAGCCGCUCCAAAGCCUGAUCAACCAACUCUUGGCUAUUGCUUCGCCAUGUACGACUAUGACGCUGAAUGUCCCGAAGAGUUGAACCUGGAAGAAGGACAGAUUAUCCGCAUCCUGUCCCGCGAAGCUCACGGCGUUGACGACGGCUGGUGGCGCGGAGAAGCCAACGGAGUGGUUGGCAACUUCCCAUCACUGAUCGUGGAGGAGUGCGAUGAGAACGGCGAGCCUCUGAGCGGUGGCGAAGAGUGGCCACCGCUGACCACUGCUCCACCAGUGUUCGCUUCACCGCCGCACACACCACCCGAAGCUGCCGGCGCCCAGGACCAGGUGGAGAUUGACAACAACAAUACUAAAGGUGCUGCGCCCCCCGAUGCCCCACCACCACCGCCGCCCCCAGAUCUUGGGGACUCCAUGGAUAGCCAGCCCGACUUCAGCUUUAAUCUUGAGCUUAGCAGGAACCAGCAGGAGCACUACGGCACUCAGUUCGCCGCCCCAUCUGUUACUAUCGUCGUCGACGAAGUGGUCGGUGAAUGCUGGGAAGAGAACAUCCCGGAGCCGGUGCAGGCGGUUCAGACUGAGCAGACCGCGGAGGACUGUGGGCUGGGUGUGGCGCAGAUCGUCAUCACCGCGGCCACGCCCAUGGUGGAGGAGCCCGACCAACCAUUCCCUCCACCAGAACCAGAAGCCGAAACUGAACCCAACGGUGAAGCCGAAAUCAACUCAGAGACGCUGCCCGAACCCGAGCGCGAGGAGAACGAUGACGAUGAGUCAUCCUUGUCAGAGCAGACAGCGGUCUGCUUGCGGGACUCGGACGACGGUCCGGCUGACUCAGCCCCGCACCCGCACUCCAGCUCGACGGCCUCCGAGGGCGAGUCCGGCGGCGCGUCCGUGGCGUCAGGUCCACCCACCGCGCCUCAGUCGCCGCCCGCGGCUCCGCGCGGUGGCCGCGCCAGCAUCCCCGACGAGCUCGAGCCCGCGCAGCUGGCCCGGCUCACCGACCUCAAGGAAUCCAACGCUUAAGGCCUAACUCGACACCGACCGGCAUCCUCUUUACGAUGUCGGCCAACCACUGAUCGUUAUCGAUCUUCUACAUUAGACCGUUUCUCUGCUAUCAGUUUUUAGCGAUUUAUCCUCGCAGUAGCGAGAGGAUGUAAUGCAGUAUUAUACCUUACCUACUAUCCUAUCUACAAAUUAUUCUACGAAAAUAUUUUUAUGUGUGUAUUCACACUAUAUUCGUUUUCACUGAUGUUGCUGAUGUUACCCCUGCGAACAAUCCCAAGUAGUCAGAAUUAUUAAAAUGUACUAAAGUAGGUCUAAAUGUUUAUUUACCUAGUAAAAUGGUACUAGAUGUUUACUUAGCCAAUGUUUAUUGAUGUUAGAAUAUCUGGAUAUAUAAACAUUUUUGAUGAAUAUGUAAUAUUUAUAAGAGUUUAUAAUGGAAUAUUGGGAAAUCAAAAUUAACGAUAAAAUUGUCGGUGAUCUGUUGUGUGUAGAGGAACGGUCGGGACAUGUAGAUUGUACUGUAUAUAGCUAAUGAUACUUAUUACUAGUUAAUAAGUACAAGAGCACGUUCUAGUACCUGCGAAUAGAGGGUAUGUUAGAGGCGUAUGUUAGAGUGACGCGACGUGUUGACGUGUCUACAGAGGUGUAUUACGGCUUGACAACACCAGCCGGGAGGAACCAAAGCGGCACUCAUUGCAAUGUAAUGCGAGGCCCGCGUGUCUCAAAGCAAGAACCAUUCUAGUUCCUCGGCUAGCGAUCAACACGCGAGUGUAGCGAUGUAACUAAGCUCCGUCGCUGGAUAUUGACACAGUGCAGCGCAUAGAACAACGACGUGCGAGUAAUCGGCGCACGCGUCAAUAUUCAUCGGCGGACGGUAGGAUUAGGAAGAAACAGGGUGUUACUAGCUUCUCUUCAUUGACUUCCCCUGCGACACCCUGAGCCCCGAGGCUCGGGUAAUAACAUCAAUCGUCCACUGUGUACCAUCUGCAGCGGCCGAGUGUGGAGCGCAAACCCAUCCUCAUAUUUAUGCAGUCGUGAUGAGACAAUAUACUUCUUACUUUUUAUCUUAGGCACUAGCCUAUGUGGCACAAACAUCUGAAGUUCAAGUAGUCGAGAUGGCCUCGCAGUUUUCUAUUGUUUAUCACAAAAAUAUCACUAUUUAUUAUUACAUUAAUUCACUGAUACUCUCUAGUUGGUUAUCAAAUAGUUUAAAAAGAAAGUUUAUCUUGUUAUAUUUGUGAUAAUUGUCUCAUCGUAUCGAUCCUUCAUCGUUUAAUUGUAUACAUCCUCGCAACCACAUGAAAUGCAUAUCAUGUUUCUUAAGCCAAAUUAUUUCUGCUUAUUACUGUUACUUCAACAACUACAUGUUCCUUUUUGGGGUUGAUACAUAAUGGAAACGUAUAAUAAUAUAAUAGCUUGAUAACGCAGACAUACUGCGUCUGGUCACCGUGAAACGAAAGAUUUUGGCUUUAGGAAAUUUGAAUAAAUAUUAUAUCAAUAUAUAGUCGUCUAUUACAUUUCAAUGUACUACGUAGAUGCUUAACAUAAUUCUGUUAAAGAUUUCACAUAAUUAUUAAAUUAAAUAAAUUAAUCGACGUACGUAGAUAAAUGUUAACCAAGUAGCUAUUAGCUGUUUAACGAUGUGAUUCAUGUGUUGUGUUAUUAUAUCAUUGUUCUAUAUUAUUGUUAGUUAUACAUUUUAUUGAGACCCGUAAAAACAUUGAAUGUUCAUUGGAUUGUGUCGUUUUCAAUUGCGCCUCUUCAGCCUCGUUUCGAGACAGUCGUAUAUCACAAUUGUAGGAGAUUAUUAUAAUAUGUGUUUUUACGGGUUGAUCCACGUUUCAGAUACUAAAAAGUUGUUUAAUAAAUAUCCUGGGAGGUAUGUAGCACUCUGUGUAGUAUAUAGCCACUGUAUUAAAUGAUGCACAGACUAGUGUUGACUGUACUACAAACUUAACGGUUUGUGGUAACUAUGAUAACUACACUAUAUCUAUUACAAUAUUUAAUGUUGCUUUUUCUUUAGACAACUUACUUGAAUAGAUACGUUUUUCUGCUGGGAUUAUAUGAAUUAUAUUCUGCUUUCGAUCAAUGUUUCAUUUCGCGUUGGAAUGCCAAACGGUUCUCCCACCCUUUAUAAUUACUUAUUGAAUAAAAUUUGUGAACCUAUAAGUGAACUUGAACCUGUACAUAGAACGUGGAAUAAAUAAAAAUGUAAGUAUACUAUUAAGAGUUUUAUGCAAAAACCACAUAAUGAACUAACUCUGAAACAGACCAAGUAUGGUAUAAGAAAAAAGACUAUAUACAAAUUAAAGUAAUCACCUAGUCGAAAUCUCUGAUUAAUAUAUAAUAUCUACGCAAAUGCAGUGUUUUGGAUGCAAUAUCCUUGUCAUAGACAACAACAAGGAAUAGAAUGACUAGGCAUUAGUUGGACCUACAGACGCUACACACACAUAAACAUAAAUAAAUCUUUAAUACUAAGUAUAUAAGAGCUGAAAGCUUAAGAAAUAUUAUGAAACAAGAUAGAACAAAACAUAUAAUACCUAGCAGUUUGCACGUACAAUUAAGUACCUAGUACAAACAUAUACAACUGGUAUGACUGUUAUAUAUAAAAAGUACCAUAAGGUAUAAUAUAUAACCUCUAUAUAUAAAUGACAAAUAGAGCCACAUUACAGUACAUCUACAUAUACAUUCAGCUGUAUACAUGUGUAUAUACGUAUCUGUAACGCCCACGCCAUCUAGGGGCGCACGCGCAUUGGAUGAAACCACUUGAAAGAUUACAGAAUAUAAAAUACCAAGCUAUAUCGAUCUGACAUAAAUAAUCUUCAUAUAAUAGAACUAUUGGUACUUCACAUAAUCUCAGCAUUUAAACGCAAAACUAGUAUUAUAGUAACAACUAGUAUCUAUUCAAAUAUUUAUACCUACUGUUUAAAGACUAUUGUAACUAUUAUUACCUGAUUGUAGUUAAUGAUAGGUACCGUGUGUAAAACAUUCAAUAAACCUACAAACGAAA